UGAUCCAUGCCGGAAGGAGUAUAACUUUGGUGUUGUGCCUGUUGUAAGCAUUGAACUUGAAGGUGCACUGGUGUUGGAUUCUUUUUUAAUGAUGUUGUACGAGCUUGCCUGGAUUAAUACUUAAGCAAUAUUUAAUAUUAUUCUCUCCGUGUGUGUAUUAACUGUUGUAUAUAUUCACUUGAUGUGAAUUACUACAGAGGCUCCAGAGCCAGUUGACAAGUUGAGAAGAAGAUAUCUGGUGGAUCGCAUGAUAUAGGCAAGUUGUGUUGUUGAUAACCAUACUUCUCACCUUCUAUUCCUAUUAAGUAUUCAUGAAUUUGGAUUCAUUGCCUGUUUCUUUCCCAUGGUUUGGUUACUUUUCGAGGAACCAUUGUUGCCUUUCCUUUAAUGGGCAGAAAAGGAAGGAAAAACAUGUUGGGCACAAGCUUUUUCGAAAUGGUACCCAUCAGUUUUACUUGUGCUAUGAUGAGUUUCAAAAGAAAGCUCUGCAAUGUAUGGCUUGGGCGAUUCAAAAGAAAGCCAAGUUUGAUAUUGUGGAUCUUAAUAACUUAAUUUUUGUUGAAACAUUAUUUCUUUGGUUGUGAGCUGUUUCUUGAGUUUAUAUUUUGUCAAUUUCCUUUUGUAUGAGUAUAGUGUACUGUGAGGGAAGUUGGCAAUUUGUUGCAUGGAUA